AUGGAAAACGAGGAGGGUUUGUCGAGGGUUGUACCGGUGCUGGGGUCUGGCGUCUCCUCCCCGCGUGCUGCGUUGGAGCACUCGGAGCGUGCGGCGAAAUCAUCAGCACAGGAAGCUUCAACUUCGGCAGGCACCCCAGCCGCCCCCUUCUCGCGCUCCACGACACCUUCUCCUUUUCACCGAGCUCCUUCUGGUGCGCGGGGAAGCGAUGAACAGGACCAUGUAAGCAUUCCUACCCCCUCUCUCCGGAGAAUGAAGCCGUCAGUGGCGCGAAAGGCGGAUGGAUCCACCGCGGCGCACACACAAAGACUGUCUGGGUGCUCUGUCACGUCCAGCAGCUCCAUUGUGUUCUCGGGGGCCGACAGCAACACCGGAACGUCUAUUCUGUUUGCCAGCGAUGGCGCGUCUUCUGACCACGUUAUGAGCGGUGAAACUUCACCGCCUAGGCGCUCCUCCAGUGCUGUGAAGAAUGGAAAGUCUGACAACGUUGCUGCGCAGAAGCCACAGACGAAAUUCGACGAGACUACCCACCACGCCGCUGCUGUUGUCGAUCUCAGGAGUGACUCAUCUUUUGAUAUCCGCGUCGAGGAAGAUGAGCAGACGGAGGAGUUGCCAGUAGUGGCCGCAGCGGCGGAUGAGGCGCCGCAGCCGGAGCGCAAACCGUCAAAGGUGUCGAAAAAGACAACGCCUGGCUCACCGAGUCUUGCCUCGUCGAGAUCCACAACGGAGGCAACUAGCAAACGCGUGAAAAAAGUGGGCGCAUCCACGAGCCGCGCUACGCCUGCGGUGUCGUCUGCCGACCCUGCACCGAGAGACGUCCGUGCGUGCCGUGGAGCCAAAGUUGCCGUGCCGUCGCAACAUGCGAGUCCUGCCCCUGCUUCGAGAGGCCAACCGGGAACGUCAUCAGCAUCAGAGCAAAAGGCAAGCACACUUCAAGCAGAGCAGCGAUUGGCCUCUUCUUCCGGAGAUCAUGAGUUGGUCGUCGCCCCGUCGCCAUCCUCUCGCAGUAGCAGCGGGGGCAGUCUUAGUCACCACGAGUCUCGUCGCUCUGUGAACAUCGUCCGCGAGGAGAGCGCAGAGCGCUUUCCAAAUCGCGACCGUGGGGUUCCUCCCACCCUGACGAGGGACAUGGAGCAAGAUGAUGAACGGCGGUCAAUCAGCACACCAGAGCGAGUACUAGGGUGUGGCGUGUCUCGCUGCCACAAAGGCGUCACCGCAGACACUGGUGAGAGGUGUCGCGGCAGUUACACACACCGUGGGGAGGAGGAGGAGCAGUCAUGGAGGACGCAUUCUGGUUACUCGCGCACGGGCCGCUACCGAGGUCGAGAGCUGUCGCGAGACGGGUACCGUUAUUUGUCGUCACGGUCACCGGUGCGCCGCAAUGGUUCGCGGCACCUGACCGUCGGAAGCUUGCACGGCGACGCGCUGGCGCACGAGCGUCUGAUGGAGCUGAGGCAGCACAGCCGCGAGGGGAACUUUGGCUGGCCACGGUCACACCACCGGCGCUGCAGCGGUGAGGUACCCCCACAUCAUCGGUGUCACUGUCACUCAGGAAGUAGCGCGAAGGCGCCGCCGCCUUUGUGCACAGGUGGCGUGCCGCUCCACCGCAUCUCCGACGACUACACCGGUAACGACGUGUACGCUACAGCUGCUGUCACCUCUCUUGAGCGAUUCGGUGCCCUCUCGGAGCGGUGUAGCAGCUGCUACAGUCGCGAGGUUCAGGAUGACUGGUGCGGAGGGGCGGCCGUGCAAAGCGCACGCUCAGCCGCCAGCAGCUCCGUCUUCACCGGCGAUGACGUCGAGGGCAAGGAGGAACUACUUACUUCUUCCCACUUCAAUGACCGCCGGAGGAGUACUAGUGGCCGCCGAGUAGAUGCUGGACUGUCGCCCCGCUCAAGGGCGCGUUACGGCGGUAGGAAACCAGAGCAAACCAUAUGCAGACAAGAACUUCUAAGGUACGACUACGGAGAUCACACAGUGUCUGAUCAUCGAGGAGGUGGAUCGGUGCACCACUGCGGCGGCACUGCGGCCCGCGGUCAUGGCCGUCGUGGCGCAGAGUGGGAGCCGGACUACUACUACUUGAAUGCACCAUGGAGAGGCCACUUGCUCGAUAGCGGUGGCUGCGGUUGUUCGUGGUGCUCACAGAGCACCCACACUCCCCGCUUGGCUGCUUCGCCGCCUCGUCAGAGCCCACUCCGUUCUCGUCGCGGCAUCUAUCGCCCUUCUUCGCCUGCGGCCGUACAGUCAGGCGAGGUGCGGUAUCAGUCACUCGCGCCUUUGGCGUCCUCACCGGUUCGCAGGCACCGAGCCGGGAGCGCGGCAAGCGGCAAGCAGGUAACACCGUUGCGGCGAGCGUCACAGAGCCCUGCGUCCUCUGUGGCUUCCGUCCCUCUCUCGGAGAAGGAGCUGCUGGGCGAGGUGGAGUGGAAGCUAGACGCGCUGGAGAAACAGAUCGCCGACGAAGACGCGGAGCGGGAGCGAGCGAUGAUGCGUAGUCCAUUUGAGCGGCUCUACCACCUGAACAACCGCCGCGACCGUGACGAGCGACGCAAUAAAGUGUUCCAGUUGAACCUCCUUGAACGGAUUCGUGACCGAAUCGUCUCCGGUUCUCUGAAGGAGGACAUCGCACGGAAAGAAGAGCGACUGCGCAAGCAGGAGGAGAUGCUGACGAGCCCCAACGGGGUGUUUGUGCGCUUGUACCAGAAAUCGAGUCCGCAUCGCUCCUCACACGUCGCUGCCGCCACCGCCGCCGAAGGGAGCGAUUGCAAGAGUGCGGGUGAGGGCAACCGUGACGGGCGCGCCAGCGUCAACACCACCGGCGUGUCUAGUCAGCGAGCGUCGACGGCACGUAGCCGCAUGAAGGCAGAGUCGCAGGAGUUGUGCAACCGUCUCUACGAAACCGCCGCCAUCGUGAAAGAGAAGAAGGAGGAGAUGAGGAAGCAAUCUGUGGAGAAGCGCCAACAGCAGGAGGCGGAGGAGCUCCUGAUCGCGCGCUUGGCGGGACAGAUUCAACUCGAGCGAUCCCGCACGCGUGCCUCGUCAAAGAGGCGACCGAAGACGCCAGCUCAGUUGGAAGACGAAGCCCGCGCGGAGCUGGAGAAGCUGCGCGAACAGGACCCGGAAGGCUACGAGAAGAAGGUGUUGCGAGGUCGCGUGCUGUCGCCAGCGGAAAGAGAUCUGCAGGCCGUGCGGCUCUGGAAGCACGGCUACAUCUCGAAGGCGAACCUGGAGGCGCAAAAGGAGGUGUUGGAGCUGAAGAAGUGUACCUUUCAGCCUACCAUCAAUGAGUUCUCAGGCUCCGCCGGCGUUACCGGGCGUGACCACACGCGCGGUAAUGGCGGCGGUGGCACGGAUGAUGACAAGCGCUUGAGCGCCAGCACCGACUCUGCUCAGCGUCACCGCAAGGGGGACCGGUUCAAGGAGCUAUACCGCAAAGGAAUGCAGGCCAAGGUGCGUGGAGAGACGCUACGCGACGAGCGCGACCGUCAAACGCGCCUCAGCAUCCUUCGCAGUCGUAUGAUGAGUGACCACCACUUUCGGCGCCGCGUCGAGCUCGACCCAUCGCUGGCCGAGCGCUUCAUGAAGUCACUUGUUGUUUAG